CGCUGUCCAAUUUCACAGACUGGAGCAGAGAGAGUCCCCGCGCGGCCACCGCGGGGACUGCACGGACCGCCCGCCCGCCUCCAGCUCCCUGGCCCGGGCGGGGCGCAGGGCGGAACCCGGCGAGGCGGGGUCUCGGCCGCCACCUCUCAGUGUCUUCUGGCGAGGAGCUUCUGGGACAGCAGCCAUGGCUCCACCCUGGGUGCCCGCUGUGGGCUUCACGCUUGUGCCCAACCUGGGGGGCUUUGUGGGCUCCUACUUCGUCCGUGGCGAGGGCCUCCGCUGGUAUGCCACCCUGCAGAAGCCUGCGUGGCACCCGCCGCGCUGGGCACUGGCUCCAAUCUGGGGCACGCUCUACUCAGCUAUGGGGUACGGAUCCUACAUGGUCUGGAAGGAGCUGGGCGGCUUCACGGAGGAGGCUGUGGCCCCCUUGGGCCUCUAUGCCGGGCAGCUGGCCCUGAACUGGGCAUGGCCCCCCAUCUUCUUUGGCACACGGCAGAUGGGUUGGGCCCUGGUGGACCUCUUGCUUGUCAGCGGGGGAGCAACUGUCACAGCUGUGGCCUGGCACCGUGUGAGCCCUUCGGCUGCCCGCCUGCUCUACCCAUACCUGGCCUGGCUGGCCUUCGCAACCCUGCUCAACUACCGCAUGUGGCGGGAUAAUCAAGGCCGCCGUGGCGGCCGCCUGAGCCCGGAGUGAGUGUGCCCAGCCUGCCGAGGACUGUGGCUGGGACCAGGCGGGUGCUGUGGUGGUGGACUCGCCUGGCUCAGCAUCGGUGCAGGGGUGGCCACGCCCCGCGUGGGAGUGGGGUCCUGCACUUCUGUGCCCUGCAUGGAGCUGGCUCUCGGUACCUUAUUUUACAGCUGAAUAAAACCCCAAGCUGCA